GCAAUGCAAGGCGGCCAGACACCAACCAGCGAGGUGAAAUUCCUCCGCGCAGCGCGCCAUUGACUCUGCAGUAGGAGCGGAGAGGACGGACAUGUGGCUCGCGACGACAGGGAAAAACACCUUAGCACCGGGUCGUUUGGAUUAUUCGCCGUGUUUUAUUCCUCCCGAAUGGACCUCCGCUAGUGGUCCACGCUAACUUGUUUCCGGACUACAAAAACUACAACAACAACAACAUGGAGCACUAUCAGCACGACGUGGAUCUCCGCGCCGGCCAAAUGAUGGACGAGCUUUCCUUGUACGACGCUUACCGCCGACAGGACGCCGCGGGAAGGGAUUUGGACUCGACGGCGACCGCGCUCCGGCAGCAGCAUCACACCGUGGAGAACUUCACGUCUGCGAACAAAGUCUACAACGCGGCUCCAGUGCGUCCGGUGCAAUGCAGCCGGACCGUCCCUGUGGAUUUCUGCACCCCGCAAAGGGAGGCGGGCUACGCCGAGGAGGGCUGCUGCAAGUCCGAAGUGGCGCUGCCCUGCUACACCGGCGCCUCCGAGAGGCAACGACGUUACUCGCUCGAAGUGCACCGGUACAGCACCGGCUCCGCGUUCGACGCCCUCCACAAGCCGUUGCCUCUGCCCGGCAACAGGUGCAACAGCGUGUGUAUGGACGGCAGGCACCACAGCCCGCGCUCAAGCCUGGCAUCCUCAUCCGUCUCAUCGCAGGAGCAAAGCAAGCAUGCCAGCCCCCGGGCGAGUCUGGUGGUGGCGGUGCCCAGCCUGGUGCACUGCGAGGGGUCCAGCGUCCUGAGCCCGAGGUCCAGCUACGCGAGCACAGCCAGUGACACCAGCAAGCACUCCAGCCCCAGGACCAGUCUGAACAGCUGCGAUUGCUGCAGCAAGCCCAGCAGCAACCGGACCAGCGGCAUCAGCAUGGGCUAUGACCAGAGGCACGCAAGCCCCAGGUCCAGCACGGCCAGCCAGUACUCCUUCACUACCAGCCCCAGGUCCAGCUACUCGGACUCGCGCUACGGACCCCACGUCAGGGAUGAGUUUGAGGGGGCCGCCCCGCUUGUGGCCAGCCCCAGGUCCAGCAUUUGCAGCCAGGAUGGAAGCGCCAGAGCUCCGGUAUGUGUGCUCAGUCCCCGCUCCAGCAUCUCCAGCCACAGUUCAAGAAGCUCCCGCAGCUCCAGGGGUUCCAUGAGCACCUACCCGGACCUGCAGCUGCCCUCCCCCAGAGCCUCCAUGCUGGGGGGACACGACGACUCGCUCCUGCAUGAGCUGGGGGACCCCAACGGGAUGCACCCGCGUCUUCAUGUCCAGGAGCACCCCUUGUCCCUAGAAGUGACCUCCAAAACACCCACUGUGGGCCAGAGGUUCAAGGUGCCUUAUCAGGUGACCCCGAGCCGGGAGAGCGGGCCCAGUCAGGCGGAGAGGCGACUCGAGGCGCUCACCUUGGAGCUGGAGAAAGAGUUGGAGAUGCACAUGAAGAAGGAGUACUUUGGUAUCUGCAUUAAAUGCGGCAAAGGUGUGUACGGCGCCAGCCAAGCCUGCCAGGCGAUGGGGAAUCUUUAUCAUACCAACUGCUUCACCUGCUGCUCAUGUGGGAGGAGGUUGCGAGGGAAAGCCUUCUAUAAUGUGAACGGGAAGGUCUACUGUGAGGAAGACUUUUUGUACUCAGGUUUCCAGCAGACGGCCGAGAAGUGCUUUGUGUGUGGCCACCUCAUCAUGGAGAUGAUCCUCCAGGCGCUGGGCAAGUCCUACCAUCCAGGCUGCUUCCGCUGUGUGGUGUGUAAAGAAGGUCUGGACGGGGUGCCCUUCACUGUAGAUGUGGAGAACAAUAUCUACUGUGUCAAAGACUACCACACGGUUUUUGCUCCCAAGUGUUCCUCCUGCAACCAGCCCAUUCUCCCAGCUCAGGGCUCCGAGGAGACCAUUCGGGUGGUCUCGAUGGACAAGGACUACCAUGUGGAAUGUUACCACUGUGAGGACUGUGGCCUCCAGCUAAAUGAUGAGGAGGGUCACCGCUGUUACCCUCUAGACGGCCACCUACUCUGCCACGGCUGCCACAUCCGUCGACUGCAGUCUGAGGUUCCGGGGCACCCGCCCCCUAGCUACCCGCUUCACGUCACUGAGCUGUGAAGGGGAAGGGGAGAAAAAGGGGGCCUUGCAAACCCCCUCCCCCAUGUACCUCCCCACGUGGGCCGAGAUGCCAACCUGCCCCACCUAUGCAGGAUACACAGUUGGGGUGAUGUGUCCUUGUGUAGUGCCCGGGUAGUGGAUUCGCCACCGCUGGCUGGACCAGUCAGCCCUUGUGUGGCCAUGUCGUGCCUGUCUCCCAGCGACCUGCUUUGAGCUGGGAAGGGGAGGGUGGGAGGCAAAGCCAACCCCCACCUGUCACCUGUCCCACCUUCUCAGCAUCCAUCUUGAGUGUCUUCCUCUUUUUCUGCCCUUGAUGACCCACUCUUAUUCUUAUGACCCCCUCCUGGCUGGACCGCUAAGAUUCUCUCGGGUAUCGCCCGUCACCUUAGUAUGAGAUGGGGAGAUCUUACCCACCUACUGGAUAAAGCUUCCAUAGCGUGAUGGACUUACUUUGCUGCUCAACCCCCCUCCCAAUGGUGUCCCCCAACCCUUUCUUUCGAAUAAAUAACUGUCGCCCAGAGGGGCCAUCGCUGGCCGGAGGGGAAUAUCCCAAUGCGGCUGUGUUGUGCCUUUAGAGAGGGGUGUCCGUGUGGCUGCUAACACUGAGCUAGUGCCCACCACCCCAACUUCGCCCGUGGCAACCCUUUCCGUUUACACUGACAUUCCGCGUAGACAUCUUUAGAUAAGACCUCCAGAGAUUCACUGUUUUAAUGCGGAAAGAGGAAAAUGCUGGACACACAUAGAUAGAUAGAUAUACACACACACACACACACACACACACACACACACACACACACACACACACACACACACAUAUAUAGAGAGGGUGUAAAUUGUUGCUGUCCUUGUGUCAUUUCAGCGCAAGACUGAAAGAUGUGGUUUGUCAACGUCUUUGAAAACUCGGAGCUGCUGGUCCCGCCCGAUUUUUUCCAAAGGAGUCGUUUCCGCCACUUCCGUUGGCUGGCGCUAACGAGUGUCAAGUUGUCUGUUUUGAUUGGCACUUUUCCCAACCUUGCUGUUUUUUUGGCCGAGUUGGUGCACCGGUGGCAGGACCACCUUGAUCUGCACCUGGCUGUGAUUGUGGGGGCAGCGCAGCAGCACCCUAAAAAAAAAACACCAAUGUCCGUUUUUCACCAAGACCUCCGCCAAGGCUUGUAAUGCAAUUGGAAAUAAAAAGCACAAUUCUGAGAUUUGACCAGAAUGUUGAGUUCACAUUGCAGCCAAACUGGGUUUGACAUCAUAGUACCUGUGAAGCCAUAAACAAAUCAGAUUGGACAGAUACUGUAGAUACCCACUGAUGUGGCAUGCUUUGGAUCUGAGCUUCGGAACGUGUCAUCAUUCAUGAAAGGGGGUAAAAAAAAAUGUAAAGACAGGACUUUGAAGAUAGCUUCCUUGGCGGAGGCAACAGAAAUCCAUUCCCAUGUCAUUUGGCACUGUUGACUAAAACCCACACAAAAUGGGGACAUUCUGUACUGUACACGCUUGUCCAUGAGCUCUUUGGCUCUGAUUGGCCAAAGUUCACCUUGGCUCCGCCUCUCAGGUGCAGGAUGGUGGAGACAGACACCAUCUUGUUCCCGCUCAAUACUACUGAGUAGAAUGUGUCCAUGAACAACACACUGACCACAACUAACUUAUCAUGACGCGAAUGUAACGCAAAUGAUUGUUUCUACCCGACAUUCCCAGCAUCGCCUUACGUUCAUUCACCUUUAUUAUUAUUAUAGUUAUUAUUAUUAUUAUAAUGAUGAUUGUUAUGUUUUCAAACAAAAUACUAGCACACGCCUAGCAUCCCUUGUACAUAAAGAGUCUAGUUUUGUAUUUUUGUUCUCUCGGAAAGAGAGGAGAGGACGGACGGCUCCUCCUCCGACUGGUUAGUUGCCACAAAGCACAUGUCACAUGAUCUUUUUUUUUUUUUAUCUCAAUGAUGAUGAUUAUUAUUAUUACCUAGAUGGUUCAUACGAAAAAAAAAGACUAGAGCUAUUUAUCUAAACAUGGAGAGAGACAAAUUAUUUAAUGUAUUAAAAAGAAGUCAGGAUGUAUCGUUUUAACUGUAGAGGACAUAAUCUGCUAUUCAAUAAAGUGGUUUUGUAGCUAA